AUACGAUUCCACGGUGAAGUUCACAUUCAAGUGAAUAUUCUUUUCAUCGAGCUCCAUCAAUAUAAUAUCGGGUGCUUCCUAUUUACUAUACAUCGCCGACAAACAUUAAGUUAUACCUGCCCUUGGCAGACGUUACGAGGUCCAUACCCGCCAUGGAUAAUCAAGACGACGACCAGCGUAAGCUGGUUCCUACUGAUGUCAACGACCAAAAGGCAGUAGAAGCUACUUCUGGUGAAAAGGGCAACGGUUCUGUUGAACCAAAACAAGUCGCAUCUCCUGCAAGAGACGCACAGAUCAACGACGCAGCUGAUGAUACAGCCAACGAUGAUAAAUUGACUUCGCCUCCCGAUACUAGUUCGGUUUCUAGUGUCAACCCCGACGUACUGGGUGACGAAAUCAUUGUGGGAACUCGUGCGAAUGGUGUCAAGUCUCCUGCACGUCGAGCUGCUUCAGUACGAGAAGAUGUGGCUAUGACCGACGCUGACGAAGACGAUGAACCGGUACUACAUCCACCCAGACGUGAGGCUAGACGUGACUCCAAGCGCAAACGUGCUCUUGAAAACGACUACGAUGGAUCCAAGGAUGUCACAGCACAGGCCAAGGACACUGUUUAUGAUACCGAUACUAGCGUAAGCAAGAGCAGACGAGAUCGUCAGAAGUUCGAAGAUGAGAACAAGCACGUCCCCCUUGGUUAUUGGCGUGACUCUCCGGUUCCCGAUGAGAAGGGAAAGCACAUGGUGAUUGGGUUCAUCGACGUCAGGGACCGUUUGAGGACACGCAUAAGGAACAUGAACCUCAAUGGCGAGACCAUCAACACUCGACUCUUUCCAAUCCCUCCUGGCCCUGGUGGUAGCUGGGUAACGUUCGAGCGUAUCGUGUUCCUCGAGCACCUUGUUGGCCACGAUCACAACGUCAUCAAGGAAUACGUCAGAGCACGUGCCGAGACAAUCAGAACACGUACAGAAGAAGCUGAUAUCGCAGCUAUUCGAGAAGCUCAGCAUCGUCUUACGCUUAACCCACCUGCGGAAACAGCGCAACCACCUUCCAUAGCUUGGGGACGAGAGCUGCCGGAUCACGCGCAGGGUAGCCGUUCAGAGCCGAAGCGUCGUCGUUAUGGCAGCGCCGUCGGCACUGUUGCGGACCGUCCCGAACGUACAGAUAGACCAGAACGUCAAGAGCGUAGUGGUCGGAUCGAGCGCCAGGAACGCAACGAACUGGUUGUAGCUGAUAGAGUUGAUCGUUCUGAACCUGGCCCUGGGGAACCUCAGCCGCAGGCGGAGAUCCAGCCACCCCCGCGCAAGCCUACGCGCAUUCUUGUUGGAGUUUGGAGCAAGUCACCCUCGAAAGACGAUGACGAUAAGCAUGCUGUAUUCGGCAUCCUCGGCGCUAACGAUAUGUUCCGAGUCAAGCUCGUUAAGGAGACCAAGGAUGGUCGCUUCAUGGAGGAUAGUUUCCCUACUGGAGCAGGCGCUUUGUGGAUAUCUUAUGACGAAGUCAUAUUUUUGGAGCAUCUGAAGGAUCUGACGAGAGCGGAGAUCAAGGAAUAUGUUCGCAUCCGACAGACCCAGAUUGAUGCUGGUGAGAUCCCGGCUGAAAAGGUAGCAAAUGAGACUCAGGCGGUGCAUCAAGCACAAAUUCGAGUAGCACAAUUGGGAUUAAACAGUCCUGGUGGUAAAGCCAUCGCCAACACACGCUCUAAUCAGUCGAAUGUCAAUUCGCAAGCCGGUAGCGUACACGAGGAAGUUCGCGAGAGCCCUGAAUUGCGACACUCCCGACGAGAGGUUGCGCCUCGAGGCGCUGAGAUUCCUCAGCAAUCCCGUCUUGCCCUCCCCGAAGUUGAUAUUCGUCAAGCUGGUCAGAUUAGUCGGCCCCCUAGUAUUGACCCCAUUGAGCGCGUUCAAGGAUUCGCAAACCGCGAGGUGGCUAGGAUGGAAGCCGUACAGUUGCGCACUGAUCGCCACCAGGCUAAUCGUAACGCCGUCGCGAAUCCCGGGUUCAACCCUAACAUGCAUGAUCCCCAUCGCGAUUUCCACGACAACGUGCAGAGAAUGGACCACGUUUGGCGUGCUCAGGAAAGCAUGCGCAAGGGUCCUAUCAAUGGAACUGUCGGUGGACUUGUCAAUGGGCCUGUCAAUGGACCUGUGAACGGACCCAUCAACGGUUCUAGUGGAGAUGUCAUGAUGCACCAAGGCGUCAAGUACGAGCGAAAGGCCAACGGACCUUUCAAGGAUCGACUGGUCAGCCAAGGAACGAUUAUCAACAUUGACGGCGAGGACUAUGUGGAAUACCGUGUUCUUACGAAGCCCACGUUCUUCUAGGAGGAGGACGGGAGCAAGGACUUCGAGGACGUCGAGGAAGACGCAUAGAUACCAUUCAUUGGAUGCCUUGGCUUUGAUUGGUGUUACUGCCUCGGCUAAUCGUCCUACUUACAUACCAACACCUUUUUACGGCUAGUCAUUUCGGACUUUCGACAUUCACUAUUUACGAUCUCUCGCCCCAGGCUAGCAUUGACGCAGACAAUUCAUCUCUGCAUCAUUCGAUCUGUCUUACGACUACACCACCUCUUCUACACUUGAUACCCAUUGAUCGGACCUCGCUAUCCAAGGUCCACUACUUCAACCGACUUUUACAACGACAUGAUGACCCAGACUUUAAUCCAAAUGCCUACGGGCUCCUGGAAAACGACUUCAACUUUUCUCGUCUUCGAAUCAGAUCACGAUGAAAAACGCCUACUUCCUCACUUUACUUAAUUCACAAUUUGCAUUUCGUGCGUACGUUGAUACGCACGUCCGCUUCGGCGUGUACACUACUAGCAUGUGGGGGAGGUUUGCAUUGGGACGAAUGCGGGAAGCAUGCUGAUAUGGGAGUCACGGCUGUUGAUGCUCGGUAUGGGUCUUUGCUAUAGCUUCCCCUUGCCUACUGCAAUACGAUACGAUGACUAUGA